UUCCCCGCCCACCCCGGCCGUCCGGGCGGCUCUCCAGGGCGUCUGUAAACACACCCCGAGACUGUCAUGGACGGGGAGGAGGAGGCGGCGGCGGCCCGGGGUGGCGUUCGGGGCCGCCUCCCGGCUCCGCUCUGCCUCUCCUGAGCGGGUCCCUAGUCCCCGUGACUGUGGCAUCAAGGCAAAGCCAAGGGUUAGGCGAGAGGAGGAGGCAGUCAGGACCACAUCCCCCUUCUCCCCCCCUCCCCCCCACCCCGCACCCCGGGGCGGGGGCCGGGCCAGGGCAGGGGGAGGGCGCGCCCGGCCACCCCGGCCUGCCCGCCGAGAUGGAUGACAGUAAGGCAUCCAUAACCACUUCCCUAAAUCCAGAGCUAAGAGAGCCCAACAGCUGUUCUUUCUCGCUGAAGGUGGUUGGCGGCAAAGUGAAGAAGCCGGGCAAGCGCGGCCGGAAGCCGGCCAAAAUCGACCUGAAGGCCAAGCUGGAGAGGAGCCGGCAGAGUGCCAGGGAGUGCCGGGCCCGGAAGAAGCUCAGGUACCAGUACCUGGAGGAGCUGGUGUCCAGUCGGGAGACGGCCAUCUGCGGGCUCAGAGAGGAACUGGAAAUGUACAAGCAGUGGUGCAUCGCCAUGGACCAAGGGAAGAUCCCUUCCGAGAUCAAAACUCUGCUCACCCUGGACGAGCCGCCCAAGCCCCAGCAGAGCACGAGCAGGCACACGAAGGCCGGCAAGACAGAUGCGCACGGCAGCUGGUGAAGAGCUUGGACAGUGACGAGCCGAGGACCCAGGCCCGGCCUCAGAUUCCUCUGGACGGCGCACGGCGAGAUGGCGCGGCCGGCUCCCUUCCCUGCUGCUCGGCCCCUGCACCCACCGCUCCCAGCAGAACGCGCGCGCGUCCCACCAGCCCACAGAAAACUGACGGCCUUCGGGCUGCUGGUGUGGCCGUGCCACUCGUGGCAUUGACUGUUGCAGCGCUUGAAAACGGGGGUAGAAAGAAAGGUGAAGGCUGUGUUUUCACACCCAAACGCCACACUGCUCUCUCGGUUAAUUUAUAUUCCUCCCACGUGACCCAUGUGAUUGUACGUGUCUGUGCGCGAGGCUGCCUCCCGAGCUCCCAGCCUUCAUGGACCUAAUCUUUUUUUUUUUCUUUUUUUUUCUUUAGACUUACUUGAGUAAUGUUUGUUUUCUGCAUGAACCAUGAUUUCUCCGGUGAGCCAUUCCAGCAUAAGCUGUGACUAUGUGUUUCAAAUAUAUACAUUUCUAUUUUUAUAGUCCAUAUGAUACGCCUGUUUAAAAAAAAAAUUUUUUUUUUGCACAUGUUAACAGAAUCCAUCAGGAAAAACCCUGCAGACAGCCUCUAGCUAAAACUUCUGCCGCUGUCUUCCCAAACGAUCUCUUAAAAGGCUGCCAAGGGCCUAAGCCCUACUUCCAGAAUGAUUCGGCAGAUUUUAUUUUUAAGCAAGAAGUCACCUGUAAGGCAUUUCAGGAGCACGCGUCACCUUUUGCCGGCCCAGCGGUCUGGGUUUCUGGCGUACGCCUGCGUCUGUCUGUCUGUCUGUCUGUCUGCAGGCAUGCUGAAUGUUCGUACACAUUUCCUCAUGUACUCCACAAGUGGAGAGUUUUUCCCUCCAGAAAAUAGGAUUGAAUCUAGCUGCUGAGAUUGAGUUUCUGCCCGGAGAGGUCUGGAACCAAAUGAGGCAAAAAUUGCUGCUGGGCCUGGGCUGGAGCAAUAGCACAGUGGGUAGGGUGUUUGCCUUGCACGCGGCCAACCCAGGUUCGAUUCCCAGCAUCCCAUAUGGUCCCCUGAGCACCACCAGGGGUGAUUCCUGUGUGCAGAGCCAGGAGUAACCCCUGUGCAUCACUGGGUGUGACCCAAAAAGCAAAAAAAAAAAAAAGAAAUUGCUGCUGGGCCUGGGCUGGCUGUGCCGUGAGCAGAAGGCCGGGGCCCCUUCCCCAGGGCAGGUGCUGGGCACCCCCAUGUGGAAAGGAGGCAGUGGGGUCCACAGGGCAGAGUAGUUCUCUGCAAUGCCCCCUGUCACUGCGCCUGCCCCCCCCCCACUCUACAUGUGUACUGGCGAGAAACAGAGUCCGCCCCCCCCAGAGGGUCUGUGCCAGGCCCCUUCCUUACCCCCCACCCCCAAUCUGCCCUUCUCUCCCCUCUUUCUCGGAGUUGGGUCAGGAGUCGCGUUCUCUGUGGCUGCUCGAUUGUCAUUGUCUUUUGGGAGGAUGAAGCCAAACCUUUGGCACCCAAACAGACCCUGCUCUGUUCCAAACUGGCAGCCUAAGGGGGGGGGGGGGGGCUUGUGGCAGCCAGGAGGUGGGCCGGGAGAGGGACCUCAGUUGCGGGAUUAAGUUCUUUCCCCUCCUCUGGGGCCCCGCGCUCGCGUGUGGGUGAAGCACCUCAGCCCGCGUGGGUCCCGGUCUCUCUCCUCGGGCUCGACCGUGUGACUACUGAUAAACCACUAGCCCGGCCCGCCAGCCCCUCUGUGUUGGGGUGUCAGGGGUAUUUAACGCCUCUCCUGAGGAUACAGAUACGGAGAGAUGAAAGCUUGCGGCUGCUCAGGCCUUCCGAAUGUAAGUGUUUUUCUCCAAGACAGUGUUCAAGAUUGUACUGGGUAUGUUUUUGCCACCGGGUCUCCUCGAAUGUCUAUUUUUUCACUCUGCAAAACAACCCAAGACUUACUCUGUGUUGCUCUGCCCGGUCCCCUCUGAAUCCUGCACACACACACACACACACACACACACACACACACACACACACCCAAGUUGUUUUCAAACCCAACAUUCCGAAGUGAACGUGGCUCACCAGUGCGCCGUCUCGGUGCCCGACCGCCAAGGGCUGCUUCUCUGCUCCUCACGUUCUGUGACAAGAGCCCUUCGAGUUCCUCCCCACCCCCGUUAUCUCUGUUAGAACAACAGUGACUUUAUCCUCAGGCCGAGGAGGUGCAAUUCUGAGUGAAAUGGAGUUACAGUGGCUUGGAGUUCGUUCCUGAAAGCCAUCCGCCCGGCAUUUGGGAACAGAUCCAGCCAAGAGACAGUUCCUUGGUCUCGAAAAAGGACUGUUGGGAAUGCUCUGGGCCUUGUGCUGGCCACAUGCUGGGGCCACAUGAAGCCUGUUAAUGAAUGUCCCUGGUUCCAACCGUGGGAGCCUGUCUCUCCCCAGGCCACUAGCUCUCACAGGCCCGGGAACAGCAGGCCGUGGGCCGCGAACCCUUGGAUCCGGCUGUUUCCCUCACUCUUUUGAGUAAACAGCAAUUUUUUUUUUUGUUUUUCCUUCUUUCUCCCCCAAAGAAAGGCAAGGGGGGAAAUAGAGUUGUGUAUUUAGACUGCCGCAUUGUGUUACUAAUUUAGCACAGGCCUGCUGUAUAUUAGAGAACUGAAUCUAAUAAAGAAUAAGUUUGACCCAGUCAGGUUUUAGGAUAUAAUUGAUAUAAUUUUAGGAUAGAAUUUUGAAGUCGUUCUCCUAUUUUAUCUCAGAUCUUUAGGUACCUAAAUCAGAACCUGUCUGACUGCAGCAAAUGCCUAUCACUUUUACCAGCUCGUUGACAGUAUUUAGCAGUAUCAUCAUCUAGCAUUUUACUUAUCAUCUUUGAAUUAUGAUAGAAUUGAUUUGGCUCACUACAAAAAGUACAGCUUUAAACUGGACUUCCUUUAGUUCAAAUGAGGGCAAAGAAAAUCGAAAACCAGAGCGCUAUAUUUCACAAGAAAUCAGUUGCAUAUUAUCAGUGACAUACUUAGUUUUCAAAGAGAGGAAGAUGACCAAGAACCCACAUCGCAUUUGGGGGGCAUCGAAGGAAUUUUUCUUUAUGUGAAGAGCGUUGUAUAAUUAUAUUUUUAUGAAAAUAAAAGAUCUUCACCAGA